AUGUUCCUCACGGUCAAGCUGCUCCCGGGCCAGAGACGCAGCCUGAGUGUGUCUGGGCAGGAGAGCGUGGCCAUGCUGAAGAGGCUGGUGUUGAAGCCACUGUAGGUGGCUGCGAAACAGCAGCCCCUGCUUUUCCGUGGCCAGCUUCCGGCUGAUGACAAGUGUCUCUCAGACUACCGCAUCGGACCGAACGCCUCCAUCAAUGUCAUCAUGCAGCCCCUGGAGAAGACGGCACCCGAGGAGGUCCUCCAGCCCCAGCCCCAGCCCCUGUGGCACCAGCUGGCCCGGGUCCUCGCCAAACACUUUGGGCCCCAGGAUGCCAAGGCAGUGCUUCGGCUGCUGAGGCAGGAGCACGAGGAGCGCCUGCGGCGGAUAAGCCUGGAACACCUGGAACAGCUGGCACGGGACCUCCUAAUGGAGGAGCCAGUCGUGGAGCCCGCAGAGGAGAGGGAGCCUGAGGCUGUGGGCUCGGAGCCCCCAGACGAGGAGGAGAAAGCUGAUCGGUAA